AUGUCCCGGUCGUCCGCCUUCGACGGUGCCUUCUCGCAGUACAUGCCCGGCCACCGGCGUUACAACAGCAGCACCGUGGCCGGCACCGAGUCCAGCGUCGCUAACUCGCCGCCCGCGUGCAGGAACCGCGCCCUCUCCAUCCGCUCCGGCGGCAAGUCCAAGAGCUCCGGCUCCGGCGGCUCCGGCGGCCGCACCGGCUUCUCCUUCAGCUCCCUGCGCGGCCAGGUCCAGCCCGAGCUGUCGCGCCGCCUCUUCCGCCUCAUCAAGUCGGAGAACAACCUCAUCACGGCCCACGAGGCCGCCGGCCGCGAGCGCAUCUCCAUCGCCCAGCAGCUCUCCGAGUGGGGCGAGCAGACGGGCGACGAUGGCAUCAGCGACGUCUCGGACAAGGUCGGCGUCAUCCUCAGCGAGAUGGGCGAGCAAGAGGACACGUACGCCCACGCCCUCGACGAGUCGCGCGGCCGCCUCAAGUCCAUCCGCAACACGGAGAAGAGCGUCCAGCCCAGCCGCGACGGCAAGGCCAAGAUUGCCGACGAGAUUGGCAAGCUCAAGAUGAAGGAGCCCGAGAGCGCCAGGCUCGUCGUCCUGGAGCAGGAGCUCGUUAGAGCCGAGGCCGAGAACCUCGUCGCCGAGGCCCAGCUGACCAACGUGACCCGCCAGAAGCUCAAGGAGGCGUACGAGGCCGAGUUCGCCGCCACCAUCGAGCGCGCCGAGAAGCAAAUCAUCCUCGCCAAGCACGGCCGCCGCCUGCUCGCCUUGCUCGACGACACGCCGGUCGUGCCCGGCGACGACCGCCAGCCGUACGCCUACGCGCAGCAGGCUCGUCAGGUGCUUAACGAUUGCGAGGACGACCUCAGGGAUUGGCAGCCGGAUCAGGAGGGGUACACGCUCGAGGAGCAAGGCUCGGCCAAGGGCAAGGAGAAGGUCGCGGACGAAGGGGCGGCAGUCAAGGCCGAGGACGCCGGCGCGAGCGAGAUUGAACUCCACAAGGGCACGUCCAUUGCCGCGGCGUGA